CAUCAUUCAAACCUUCGACAAUGGCCUCUUUGCGCUCUAGAUCAAAAGAAAACAGCCAAGACUUCCAUUCAUCACCUCCACCAAAUCAAUCAGCAAAAUCUGAAGAACCCUCUCAGCAUUGGCUUCAACUUCGAGUCUUCAAUCUUCCCUUUCUCCCAGUACUGGCAUCGGCAGUCCUCUUCUUCACCAUUGUCCUCGGAACAUGUUACUCUUAUUCGCUGUACUCUAUCGAUAACCCCAACCUACCGAUUCAUCAACUUACUCGAAUUCCAACCUCAUCACUUGUUUCAACACAUAACGCUCAUCCUUCAGUUCCUAGUUCAACCCUACCUUACUUUGCCAAAAAAUCAAACUUCUUCAAUCAAACUUUUGUUAAAUUAGGAUGGGCAUGGACAAGUUUAGCCGUCUGGGCCCACCUUAUCCUAUUUGCUACUCAUCAUACAAGUCAUUCAAAGGCAACUGAGGAGUCCGAAAAGCGUAUCAACGACUCUAGACAGUCCACAAACGGAUCACAGACCCAAAUUCAAUCUAAUCACGUGGCUCGAUCAAUGACACUUUACUGUACAGCUACUGCCCUCUGGAUCUUUCUUACACAGUGGUUCUUUGGAAGUAGCCUUAUCGAUCGACUCUUAGUUCUAACUGGAGCCGAGUGUGUACCAAGCAUGAUACAUCCGAAUGAGGGACCUGAUAAGCUCAAGAUCGCCGCUACUAAACUUUCCAACGCUUACUGUGAGCGCAGGUGGGGCCAACGCUUACCUGGACUGGAUUCGUUUACCAUUGCGACUCAUCGGCCAUACUGGAGUGGUGGCAUAGAUAUCUCUGGACACGCCUUCUUACUCUCAUUCUCAAUCCUAUUGAUCCUCUCCACUCUGGCCCCAUCAAUCCGACUCUUAUGGUCUUCCAAACCAAUUCCAACCCCCUAUCGAGUAGGAGUGUAUGCCAACCUAACUUUAGUAGGAAUUUGGUGGUGGAUGUUGUUGAUGACUAGCUUAUACUUUCAUGGUCCUGCCGAAAAAGCUGCAGGUUUGGUGGUAGGUGUAGGGGCUUGGUGGAUUUCAGAGAUGACUGUAGAUAAGUUAAUGGGUUAAACUGUAUACAAUUUUGUUGAAAAUAUUUCACUAUCAGAUUUUGCUUGUUAUCUGUAUUUUUUUCCCUAAUGAUUCAAAGUGUCACACCCCUCU